AAACUAUGGUGGCGAGAUAAGGCUGACGUCAUAUUGAAUGUCCACUGGAUAUGAACCGUCUUUUUGUUGUUGUUGAAAAUACUGGAUAUGCAUCGUUGAAUUGAGUCAUUCCGUUUCGUUUCUCUGCAAUUGCUUGGCGGUGGCUUUCGUUAACCGACCGGCGCAACCACCUCAAAGUCUCUGAAUUCUCUCUCUUUCUCUUUUCUUCUAUUUCUCUCGCCCUCUCUCUCUCUCUCUCUCUCUCUCUCUCUCUCUCUCACGGAACACAGCUGGGCUGAAAGCCUGAAAGCAGCAGCUCCACCUCCAGGCUUCCAAUGGCUUCCAUCAACCCCUAUUGCUCCUCAAAGGCUCUUUCCCCUUAUCCGUUAGCAGGUAAACACGGUUUAUCAAAAAUGCUGCUUGCACAAUUGAGAAACUCUUCUCCUAUGCUAGCAAAUGGGCGAUUAUCCGGUUUUUUCACACCGAGUGUAUCAUGGAAAUUGUGCUUUCAUUCCAAGGGAUCAAUUCAGGCAAGAGCUUUGCUGGGAGAAGAUGGUCUCCUGUCUUACCCAAAUGGCAACCCAACUGGGAGUGAAAUACAACCUGAUGCAUUAGGUUUCGGAACACUUUCAGCAGAAACAACCCCAACUUUUAGUGGGUUCUCUUCUGAAAAUGAUGAAGGUGAUCUAGAUCAUCCUCUACACGGAUUUUCUUCCAUUCCAGAGGCCAUUGAAGAUAUACGUCAAGGCAAGAUGGUUAUCGUUGUAGAUGAUGAAGAUAGAGAAAAUGAGGGAGAUCUUAUAAUGGCAGCUUCCUUGGCAACACCAGAAGCUAUGGCAUUUAUUGUCAAGCACGGAACUGGGAUUGUUUGUGUGAGCAUGAAAGGAGAAGACUUGGAGAGGUUGCAACUUCCACUUAUGGUGACACAGAAUGAAGAAAAACUUUGUACGGCAUUCACUGUCUCAGUGGAUGCAAAACGUGGUACAACAACUGGUGUUUCUGCUCGUGAUAGAGCUGCAACAGUCUUGGCUCUUGCAUCAAGAGAUUCAACACCUGAAGAUUUCAACCGCCCAGGACAUAUCUUUCCCCUAAAGUACAGAGAGGGAGGAGUUCUAAAAAGAGCCGGUCACACCGAAGCUUCAGUUGAUCUUGCUAUGUUGGCUGGGCUGGAUCCAGUAGCAGUUUUAUGUGAAAUUGUGGAUGAUGACGGUUCUAUGGCUAGGUUACCAAAGCUUCUCGAAUUUGCAAGGGCAGAAAACUUGAAAAUUGUUUCCAUCGCUGAUUUGAUAAGAUAUAGAAGGAAAAGAGAUAAGUUGGUGGAGAGGGCUGGAGUUGCACAAAUACCCACAAUGUGGGGGCCAUUUGAAGCCUACUGUUAUAAAUCAUUGCUCGAUGGGAUUGAGCACAUUGCUAUGGUUAAAGGUGAAAUUGCUGACGGGCAAGAAAUACUUGUGAGGGUACACUCUGAGUGCCUCACUGGUGACAUAUUUGGGUCAGCCAGAUGUGACUGUGGAAACCAGCUUGCACUUGCAAUGAAGCAAAUUGAAGCAGCUGGUAGGGGUGUUUUGGUGUAUCUCCGUGGACAUGAAGGUAGAGGAAUUGGUUUGGGUCACAAGCUCCGAGCUUAUACACUGCAGGAUGCUGGGCGUGACACUGUUGAAGCCAAUGAGGAGCUGGGAUUACCUGUUGAUUCUCGCGAGUAUGGCAUAGGUGCACAGAUACUACGAGAUCUAGGUGUUCGAACAAUGAAGCUGAUGACGAACAAUCCUGCAAAAUAUAUUGGUCUCAAGGGUUAUGGCUUGGCCAUUGCUGGCAGAGUCCCAUUGUUGGCACCAAUAACUAUGGAGAACCAGAAAUACUUGGAGACUAAACGGGCAAAAAUGGGGCACAUCUACGGUUCAAAAUCUAAUGGUCAUGUAAAUGGCACAAUCGAUGAAAGUAGUUCAAAAAUUGACAACCAAUCUAAUGGUGUGUCCGAGACAUGAAAAAAUGUCGGUUUCAGCUCCCCAACCGGAGAUUCAGGUGGGUAGCUGAUUCUCUGAUGCUGAGAUUAUAUUCAUGGCUAUCACAUUCUUUCCUACAUUGUUAUUUCUCUCGUCAAGAUCACGGGAGAAACUUAACAUGCAUUCUGUUGUAUGCGACAUCUCUCGCAUUAAUAAUUUCCUAGUAACUGCUAAUGGCGGGUAGUGCUUUCUUCUUUAA